UUAUUGGAAAUGGGAUAUUUUCCUGGAAUAUCCCCACAUCGCCUCCUCCAAACCCUUCGAGACUCCAGGAAGAAAAGGGUUUUUUCCCGAGUCCUCGCGAUUCGCACUCGUCAGAUCGACGUAGUCAUGUGAAGACAUUUGCGAAAAUCAAUCGUAACCUACUCCAGUGGAGAAAAAAUUAAUGCUGAAUGGCUUUGGCAAGUCUCAGCUGGACGAAAAUGGAAUAACAAUCGCUGGAAUACGUGAUAUUAAUGUGACGAUGAUGGAAGAGUAGAUGCGCCUCAUGGCUGGAAGCAUCGGCACCGGCAAGAGGGGAAAUUUUCAUAGUGGAGAUAGGAAAUGCAGAAGAAAUACUGGGCACUUGGAUUUUUUAAGUGAAGCUGGAAGUCAGACGUUUGAGAAACGGAAGAUUGUUGAGAACAGACGUACUUACAUUCAUAACAUUUCUACACUCCAAAAGAGUAUAUUUAGAAUAUUUUUGGAGUGUCUGCAUUGUGAUCUUUACAUUAUACACGAAUCACACGUUAUACAGACAAAUACUUGUAUCGUUAAGGCAAGAGCACCAAAAUUGUAUGACGUGUUAGAGGAUUAUUUCGUUAAUGAGGGGAGACCGAGUAAAUGCGUUUUACGAUCGGUGGAAAUCUUCCAACAGGUCCAGGAUUUUGUGAGAUUAAUAUACUGUAAUCUGGACAUCACCACCGACGAACUUUACCUAGUCCACAUUUUGAAGAAUGACUUCACGUCCUUAUCUCUCUCGGGCAACGAUGUAAACUUAACCCCGAGUGCAUCAGAAAUGGCAGACUCCGGACUGGAGACAGGUUCCUUCAGCCUCCAGGAGACAACAGAAUCUGAGAACUCUGGCACAGACUUGGAGGAGUCCCACUACAUCUCUACAGACGACGACUUCAUCAGGGUUUCCAUAACCGGAGACAUAGUUGAAUCGUCUAACAAUCAAAAGAGGCAGAAUGAUAAAUUUUCUCCAAAGAUCUCGACUCCCAUGAAUCUUACUUCUCCCAGUGGAGCCUCUCGGCAGGAUCCUUCCUCGUCAGGGAGCUCCUCUCGAGAGGAAAAGCACAUGACUCCAUCUAAAUAUGAAAACCAAGUGCUGAAUAAUCCGGCGUACGAUUCAGACACCAACGACAACAAUCAGGGUGCCUCCUUCAUCUCCACAGCCUCCUUCGAGUUCCACAUUGCGGAGAGCAGUCCCAAGGAAAAACCUCUCAAACCAGAGGGUAGAAAUGUUAUAGUGGAGAACCCCUCCUUCAAGAAGAGUUCCUCCAGCAUAAACAGCUACUACUUCAUCGAUGCCUCGAGCCUCAACGACGAGCCAGACGUAUCAUCCCUGUCAAUUCUCAGCGAGGAAAAAUCCUCGACCUCCCUCCCUCCCUAUCUAGAAUCCUCUUACAUUCCCUCCAGGACACACCCUGAGGACCAGAAGCCGAAAAAGUCAUCUCUACAAAUUGGCCACGAGAAUAUGGCGCAAUUUCAGCGAGAGUUAAUACUCACUGAGUACUUAGAACCCAUAACAGAACCGAGAAAGAUAAAGCGAGUGGAUUCAGCGACAGAGGAGAAGCCUGAACCAAUGGUGGAAAAGGAGUCCCUCGUGGUGGAGAUCAAGGAGGCAGACAGUGGUGAGAGCAAUCAUCCCUCCCCCUGUAUCGAUAACAAUAAAAAGGCGAGGGAGAAUGAAAGUUCACAGGGAGAAAUCAACAGGCUGACAAAUGAAAUUUUCGAGGGGCCAGUGUCCAAUACCACGAGUUUGAGUGACUCCAGGAGGUCCUCGUUGAUUAGAGGGAAUACCUUUGAGCUGGAGUCAGGGGAUGAGAAACUGUCGCAUCUUCGGCAAGAGUACGAACGUCGUCAGGGUAAUCUAGUCUUCAAGAACUCGAUUCCACAGUAUUCAGGGCAUCGAGUGGAUGAUGAUCUUAUUUCGUCAUCCAAUUACUCGAUCAUGAAUUACUCAGAAUCGUCGAAGAGCAAGAAUUUAGGAGGGGAUGAUAAUGGAGGGGUCGGUGGAGGGAUGGGAAUGAAGAGUGCGAGUGACAAGAAUCUUGCCGAAUGCUCGGAGACUGAUGACAGCUCCAUUGGGGAUUGUACCAGCCUUCCAGCGACUUUUGAAACCCACAUGAUGAGGGCGAGCAGGUCUGCAACACCGAAGAGACCGAGGAGAGACGAGACAACGCCAAUUGUCUCUGGAGGUGUGAGCUCUGUAGAUUAUUCAACACCUGUUGACAGCCCCAUCGUCAGAAGAAAAACUGAAUCGACUCCCAUAGUGUCAGGGGGUGCUGUUUUAAUGAAUUCUCACUUGAUGGAAAAAGUGACAAAACCCAAGAUGUCCUCUUCCAUGACCACGUGGAUCGUGGACAUGAGUGACUGCGGCAAAAAGCCAAAUUACUCUCUGGGAAACAUGUCCCAGAGUUUCUCCUCCUCUGACUGCAUCAGCAAGAGUCCAAACAAUCGGUCAAAAGGAAGUUUAGGAUUUUUUGUUAAUCUCAAGGACGUGGAUCCACCCAAGGACGACAAGUCCGGAUGCUCCAGGAGGGAGGAGGCCACCCAGUUUUUCGUGGAUCUGUCUAAAGUCUCAGAUAAAUCCAACAAAGUCGAGACUAAUGGCAGGAUGAGGGAGAAUUUAGAUAAAAAGAACAUCUUCUCCAUGUUUAUCGAUCUCAAUGACUCAGAUACUGGUAAAAUUCAGGGUAAAAGUAAACCCGCUCAACCGAGGAGUUCGGAUGACAGUGGAAAAGAGGGAGGAAGUGAAUCCUCACAAGAGUCUCGAUCAGCAGAGAAGAAGAGUGUAUUCAUGUAUAUUGAGUCUGACUCCCCAGUGGUGCGGAGAAGGACUCUGUCGACGUCGAAACCUACUUUACAGAGGCAUUCGUGGAAUGUAGAGAAGGUACUGGGGAAUGGACUUAAGGAGCCCUUUCGCAAGGAGCACAAACGAGCAAGAUCCGUAUCCAUUGAUCCAGAUAUUCACAAGAAAAUGAUAUCAAAGAAUAGUGGAUCUAUUUGCUCGUUAAAUCAGGAAAAAUCACCGCAAUCAGCACAAUCUGCACAAUCAGCUGCGGCUCCUUCCCAGGACUCCCUUCCAAAAUCAGAGGCUCCAACGGAAAUUUUAGAUUACGAAAUCAGAGACACUCCACCCAAUUCCCACGUGGAGAUAAUCAACGAGGACAUCUCUCGCUGUGCAAAACGCCAUGAACUCAAAGAUCUGAUGAAGAGUGACAUGGGGUCUAGCACAGAGGCCUCGGUGGACCCUAAAGCCACCGAAGUCUCUGACGAUUCCGUCUGGGAGAAGACUGGCACUGAGAGCACAGAAGGACACACAAGAAAAUCCGAGACAUUUGACAUCAGCAGUGGUAGUGCUAGUGGCCCAUCCUCGAGUGAUCACCAGGAGUUCGAAAUUUCUGAGUAUAGAAUGGAAAAACUCGAGGACAUACCCAGUAAAAUCUCUGAGACCCACAAGUCCCUCACGAAGACCAUCAAAAAAAUAGAGGACGAGUUGGAUGACGAUUACGACGACGACGAUAACAACGAGGACGACGAGGACGAGGAUGUCGACGUUAACACCCCUUCUCAAAAAGCCAUUUCAGAUAUCAAGGAAGCUUCGAGCUCUGGUUUCGUGAGACUCUCAGAUCUUGAUAAAACUCCAGCCAAAGUCGAUGUCACCACUGAGGACACAACGAGGAUCACAAACCUCUCCUACAGGAUGAGCAAAAGCAUUCCUGAGACAUCCUGGGUUGAGAGUAAACUCGCAUUGAACAGGAGCAGCGGUCCUUGCCCAGUUAGAACUCUCCUCAAUACGAGAAAAUUCACCUCGAUAAUGAGUACAUCACUUCCUGCAAAGCACAAGUCCCCCAUUGACGAAUUGCAGAAUGAUGUAGAUCCUGAGAUGAUAUCAGAAUCAGAAAUCAGCAGCAUGCAGUCAAGCAUGGGGCGAUCUGGAGCUGAUGUGAGCACAGAGGAGACUGAGACCUCGUCAUUCGCCAAUGUAAAACCCUAUAAUAGACUUGGGGAGGAUCUCUUGAGGAUGUUCCUAGAGGAGAUAAAUCCUGAUGUUACCAUCGACGUCAGUGGCCGGAGAAUCAGGGCCCAUAAGUGUAUAUUGAGCUCCAGAUGCCAGUAUUUUGCUGCUAUUCUCAGUGGUGGGUGGAUCGAGAGCGCUGGAAAUGUGAUAUCUCUUCAGGGUUACUCUUAUUCAUCAGUGCACUUUGCCCUCUGUCAUAUUUACAGUGGAGAAAGCAAUAUACCUGAUUCAAUUAGUAUUGUCGAACUGGCAACGCUCGCUGAUAUGCUGUGCCUUGAGGGCCUCAAGGAGGUUAUUGGGUACACGUUGAAAGUCAAAUACUGUCAUCUAUUUCAUAAACCCUGUCAGUUGUGUGCUGUUGGGGUCCUCGAGUGUCUUCCCCUGGCUGCUGCCUAUGGCCUCGAUGAGGUUUACAGAAAGUCUCUGAGGUGGAUUACUAGGCACUUCGUCAGGAUCUGGCCGUGUAAGGCAUUUGCAACUCUCCCAAGGGAACUCAUGGACAAAUGCUACCAUCAGCACAUCGUUCACAUGUCUGCUGAUAACGUCCUCCAGACUAUCAUGGAGUGUGAUAAACUUCUGGCUACUUUACCCAAUAUCAGAUGGGCAGAACCUGUCUUCAGAAUGGUUUCCAAUUUGCUCGAGACUGCUCUCAAAUUUUUGUCUGAUAAUUUUUCAUCUGUACUGAAUAAUGACAGCUUCCAGGCUCUUGGGAGAGAUUUAACGUGGAAUAUCAGUAGAUUGGAGGACAAUGUUCUUGCAGCUGCCGACAGACUUCCUCCGGAUCAGGCGUGCAGGAGUUAUUCCAAGUUGUUUAAGAUGUUGGGAACUGUUGGCUGUGAUGAGCACAAGCAGUGGAAUCCACUGUUUGUUGAGUUUCUGAAGAAAAUUCAAGCAAGGGUGGAGAAGUGUUUGGUUAAAGAGGCACCCAGGGCUGCCAGGACUACAACCUGGCUGAAAAUGGAUCUCGAGCUGAGGAGGCGAAUUCAGGAGCUCGCCUGUUUGGUUAUUCUGCCUCAUGAGGCCCUGAAGAGGCCCAUUAGGCAUUCCAGGGAGAUUAUCAAGGAAUCUAAAACGCUUAAUAAAUCCUCUGUGAAUAGAGGUAUGGAACUGAGGAAAAUCAAAAUGAAUAUUUCUGAUGAAACGGUGAGUGCGUCUAAGGCUGGGGUAAAUCAGAAGAGGGUAAUGGUGAAACCAAAGACAGAUCCUCUGGAGCGAAAGAUGCAGGACAGUUCUAAGACUGUCCAGGCAUCCGGGAUGAGGCCAAAGUCUUGGCCAAAUAAAUUGGAAGUGAAAUCUAGAUAUUUGGAACCGAGGACGAAGUCAGUACCAAAGGAUACGUCUCAUGGCUUGCCUGAGAGGAUUACUGCAGUCCAGCAGAGGAGAAAAAUCAUGAUAUCAUCGUCUGAUUCAUCGAGAACGUCGAGUCCAGCUAUGAAAAGGGCUGUGGACAAAAAACCCCCAACCAAAAUAAAGCUGACGGUGAAGAAAGAGAUGACAGUCAAGGCAUUGUCCACUGACAGCUUGACAGAGUCUUGUAACGAGAGAGCUGUUAAAAAGGACAAUUCUGUGAGCAAGAGCUGUGGAAUCACCAGACCAGAGUCACCAUCCACGAGGGCGAAGGACGUGCCUGCGGACUCUCUGAGUGAUAUUAAAAAGAAACGACCUGCGGUUGUGAAGAAGACUCCUGGAAAAAUGGACACGUCGAUGUCCACUGACAGUCUGAUGGGAGAAAUCAGUGGGAAAGCAGUUUCGAAUAAAGUUUCACCGACUUUGGGGAGAGCUCAGGUGAAGAAGAGUCCUCCGAUGGCCCAGAAGAGUCCUCUGACUGUUGCCAGACGACCUGUCAGAUCAGUGGAGAGCUCCACAGCUGCCAGCAGGAAUAGGGCUGCGGCUACCAGCAUUUAUCAGGGUUCUCCCAACCUCAGGAGAAAUCUCCUGGAUGCUGCCAAGACUCCUGACAUUGGUAGGACUGUUAAUGGGGUCUCCAGGAUCACUUCUAGACAGAGCACUCCCUCCACUAGUACUCCACCAGUGGGGAAGAGGGAGAAAAGGGAUAGCAAUACUGCAAGCAGCGAAAGCCCCAGCAAGAGAUCUCCGAAGAUGAAUGGGGUUAAUCGACCUCCAAGGGUUGCUGUUAAGAGAGUGGUGGAGAAGGGAAAAGGAAAGCCCUCGGAGACAACCAAGCAGCAACUCACUGUAGGCUCAAGGUCUGGAACUUUCCUCAAGGAUGAACCUACCAUUCUUAAAAAAUCUGAUAUGAAAACUACACAGGUGAUGUCAUAAGGAGAUUUUUUUUUCCACUUGUGAAGUGAACAGUAACUGAAAAACAUCUGAUGGAAUAAUCCCUACCUGAUGCUGAUAAAUUACAAAUUGAAUUUCUGCUGGCUUUUUGGAAAGUUUAGCAAAGGAACGGGCUUUUCUGGUGGAUAUUUUUCACGAGUCUGGCUUUGGGGGUAUGAAUUUUUGAAUGUUCUGGAGGCAAGCGGCGAACAAAUGGUAAUGAGACAAUAUAAGAGUCGAGAGGUAUUUUCUCCUGGGAAUUCUCUCAGCUACAAAAAUUUCCUUUCAUUUUUUUUCUCGAUAUUAAUUGCUAUGCGAAAUGAUUACUUAUCUACAGAAAUUGAAAAAUUUAUUUGAUUUAUUGUUAUCUAUUAUACUAUUCCAUUGUUUCUAUUGUUUCAUUGUACCACUUCCUUCUGAAGGUUCUAAUGUUUUCAUACUCUCAAGAUUAUGUAGUAUUCCAACAAAUGAAGGAAUAUUUCCGUUUAAUAUCCAAAUAUCACAAAGAAAACUCCUUUAAAUAUAUUACAUUUUUAAAUUUCUAACGAAUUAAGACAAAUUCUUGGUCUAACAUCACAAUUAAUGUGAGUAAUGAGUUUAUCGUACUAUGUAAAUUACAGAGAAUCCAGAAUGAGAAAAACGUUGAAACUCUUGGCUUUAGGAAUGUUGAUUUUAAUUGCGAAUGGUGGCAUUUAUCAAUUACACGUAGAGAAAAAACACUCCAUAUGCUAUGAAUUGCCUAACUAAUGACCUGAUUCUUGCCGAUGUAGGCCACAGGCAAUUCAAAAUAGAGAAAAAUUAUGUUCAUCUUUAUUUUCUACUCCCUAUCUUGAUUUCGCCCUUACCUUUCGCAGUUUUCUCGAGUUUACGUACGCAAUUACACAAAAUAAACGAAAAAAAGGGAAAAAAAACCGAUAGAAGUUAUUUGAAGAUAAAUCAACGUUAAGUGGAUACAUAUUUAAUAAUUACGUAGAUAUUUAACGGCCAGUUGCUGACGCGUUAGAUUAAAAAUGAAUAUUUCACGCCAUUCGAUCGAUUACUAAAAUUAAAAAGAUAUCGGUGGUCGCAUUUUUAAUGAAAUGAUUAUUGAGAAAAAAAGAGAGAAUAUGACUUUUUGUUUGAUUUACUCUAUUGAGCUUUGUCAUUCAAUCAUUUUAUUUACCGUUUCUUCUUGGCCAAUGGGCUUUCAUUUUUCUUUUGUUCAAUUAUAUUUUUCUUCCGAACGAAAAUGGACUGCUAAUUGCAGUGGAAAAAAACUGUCGUAACAAGCAGGACAUGUUAUGAUUGAUAAUUUUCCAUUAUUGAAUGUGUCAUGCUGGUGGAAAUGUUAGAGAAGAAUUCGACACUAGAGGUAAUCCGUGGCCAUUUCAAUGCGCAAGUUUAUUUCUCAGUAUAUUUAUUUAUCGAGACAUUGAUAUUGUUUUGCAUUUGCAAUGUACAUUUAUAUGCAAUAUUUGUAUCUAGUCAUUUAUAUAUUUUCAAUCGUUUGAAUUUAAUGUAAACGUUUAUGAUAAAUAUUUAAAUACAAUGAAAAAUUAUGGAGAUAUUGUGGUAAUAUUUAUUUAAAGCCUCAAUAAAAGACCACAUAAAAUAAUAGGUUUUAUAAAACAUUUAGAUUCUUCCCCUAAUAUUUCAUCGUCUCGAUUUUUUCUCAAUUUCUUCUUGAUUUUCUCGAUGUUUUCAUUGAAAUAUUGCGAGGGUAUGGAUUUUCGUUGACAAGCUUAAAAAUUUCAUUCCAUCAAAAAUUGUGUUUGCGAAUUUAAAAAUAAAAAAAUUGAUUGUUUCUCCUCCGCAUUCAUCUCCAAAAGAGAUGAAUUAUUUAUAAAUAAUUAAUAACUUUGAAUGUGAAUGGAACUCGAGAAAUUUUCUUUAUCGACAGCUACGAAUCACGUUUCCUCAUCGGUUUGUUCUGAAAGUAAAAUUGAAUUUGCAAUAAUUCUAGUAAGAGCUAAUCUUCAUAAUAAAUCUAUCAAUCAAAUUGAAAUAAAAGGUAUUAAGAAGAGGAAUUUCACAGCCUCUGAGCUCAAUUUGGCUUGGUGAAUUAAAUUUGAUAAAUUGGGCUUUGGUUGGGCAUUUACAAGAAUAAUUAAAAUAUAUAAAGUCUAACCUCUUUGAAAAAGCCCUCCAAAAAUAUAAAAAAACUUUCGUCACUACUCACACGUCAUUAAAGCUGGGCCUAAAAAUCAUCGACAGGAAUGUCUGGAUCAUCAAUAAUAUCGAAUAGAGACAGAGACUGCCUUGCAUGUCGAUUGGUCAGUGGUUCAGGUCUGAUUGGAGCAGGUGUUUACGUUUCUUAUCAUUCCAAAAAGUUCAACAAAACUCCAGGGAAAGUGAUAAUGCAUUCCAUCGCUACUGCACUCGUUUUUCUCGGUUCUGCGAGGAUCUUCAAUCUACCACCAUUUCGUCGUCAAUUAUCCUAACAAUGACCUUGAAAUUAUCAAGUGAUAUUCUUCAAUUGAUAGAUUAUUGAAUAUUUUUUUCAUCCUAAUAAAUUCUGCAGAUGUCAAUGA